AUGCCGGCGGGCGCGGGUGCUGCUGUGAAGGGAAAGACGGCGUGCGUCACCGGAGGGAACGGGUACAUCGCUUCGGCACUGGUGAAGAUGCUGCUGGAGAAGGGCUACGCCGUCAAGACGACUGUCAGAAAUCCAGAUGACAUGGAGAAGAACUCCCACCUGAUGGAGCUGCAGGCGCUGGGCCCCCUGGAGGUCCUCCACGCCGACCUGGAUUACGAAGGCAGCUUCGACGACGCCCUCGCCGGCUGCGACUACGCCUUCCUCGUCGCGGCUCCGGUGAACCUCACGUCCGAGAAUCCGGAGAAGGAGCAGAUCGAGCCGACCGUGCGAGCAACCCUGAACGUGCUGCGGUCGUGCUUGAAAGCCGGCACGGUGAGGCGCGUUGUCCUCACCUCGGCGGCCUCCUCCAUCUGCAUCGCUCCGCUGGAGGGCGACGGGCACGUGCUGGACGAGCACUCCUGGUCCGACCUGGACUACGUCACCGCCGAGAAGCCACCAGCCUGGGGGUACGUCAUCUCCAAGGUGCUUGCGGAGAAGGAAGCGUUCAGGUUCGCGCAGGACCACGGCAUCAGCCUCGUCGUCGUGUGCCCGGUCCUCACCGUGGGCGCGUCGCCGGCGCCCAAGGCGUGCGCAAGCGUCCGGGCUAGCCUCUCCAUGCUAUCCGGUGACGAGGCAGCGCUGGCCAUGCUGAAAGGCAUCGAGAAGUCCUUCGGCGCGGUGCCGGUCAUCCACCUGCACGACCUCUGCCGCGCCGAGGUGUUCCUCGCCGAGAUGGCGACGGCGUCGUCAGGGAGGUACAUCUGCAGCAGCGUCGGCACGACCGUCGUCGAGAUCGCCCGGUUCCUGGCAGAACAGUACCCACAGUACCACGUGAACAUAAAGCAGUCCGGUGACGAUGAGCUCCUGGAGAAGCCGAGAGCGAGCCUUUCGUCCGCCAAGCUGGUGAAGGAGGGGUUCGAGUUCAAGUACAACACCCUGGAUGCGAUAUACGGGGACGUGAUCGAGUACGGCAAGGCACUGGGGAUUCUUCUCCGGUACUGA